GUGAAGGUCGGUGAGUUGGGGCGGAGUUUGUCUCAGCACGCGUGGCCGCGCUGGGAUGGAGUCCUCCUCGUCUUCCUCCGCAGCGGGUUUGGGCUCGGUCGACCCGCAGCUGCAGCAUUUCAUCGAGGUAGAGACUCAGAAGCAGCGCUUCCAGCAGCUGGUGCACCAGAUGACGGAACUUUGUUGGGAAAAGUGCAUGGACAAGCCUGGGCCAAAGUUGGACAGUCGGGCUGAGGCCUGUUUUGUGAACUGCGUUGAGCGCUUCAUUGAUACAAGCCAAUUCAUCUUGAAUCGACUGGAACAGACCCAGAAAUCCAAGCCAGUCUUCUCAGAAAGCCUUUCUGACUGACCUGAGUAUUACCUCUCUGGAAAAGAAAGGUAGUUCAAGAAAUGAAGAGCAGUUGAUGGGAUGGUUGAAGAAAAGGCUGUGGGGGGAUCGGCUCCCACCUUUGUCACUCUUGGGACAUCCUGUCAUCUGAGAAUGAACAAAGACCAAUUUUUGUGUGUGGGGGUGGUUUGAGGGUCAAAUGUGUUUGGGGUUGUGUUUUUUAAUGCUAAU